CCCCUCCAUCCAUCAUGAGUGCCCUCCGUAUUGCCCGCGCCGCCGUCCGCGCAAGGCCCGCCGCCAUCGCCCGCCCUCUCCAGCGAAGAGGCUACGCCGAGGUCGCCUCGGACAAGAUCAAGCUCUCCCUAGUUCUUCCGCAUCAGUCGAUGUAUAAGUCCCAGGAUGUCGUCCAGGUCAACCUCGCCGCGGAAACCGGUGAUAUGGGUGUCUUGGCCGGCCACGUCCCUUCAAUCGAGCAAUUGAAGCCCGGUCUGAUCGAGAUCAUUGAGGAGCAGGGUGGCAGCAAGCAGUUCUUCCUGUCUGGUGGAUUCGCUACCGUGCAGCCGGGCUCCGUCCUCAGCAUCAACGCUGUCGAGGGUUACCCGAUUGAGGACUUCAGCGCCGAGGCUGUCAGGAACCAGAUCGCUGAGGCCCAGAAGAUUGCCAGCGGAAGCGGCAGCGAGGCAGACGUCGCCGAGGCCAAGAUUGAACUCGAGGUCCUCGAGAGCCUGCAGGCGGCAUUGAAGUAAAUGUGUAAAUAGAUGGCAUGUGUGGUAUGUAUAAUAUCAGGUGCAGAGCACCCCGUGUGCUUUCCAUGUGCAAAAGAUAGCAGGUGCCAUUCCAACUAGCC